AUGUCUGAGGACGCAAGCAACAUAAUAAUAUUGGUAAUGGGCCUUACAGGGGCUGGGAAAAGUACCUUCAUCGAGAGACUGACAGGACUGCCCGCUGGAAUAGGUCAUGAUUUAAUGUCAGAAACCAGCCGCAUGACUGCAUACCCCUACCAAUAUGGUGAUCGUCGUGUAUAUCUGGUCGACACACCUGGUUUUGACGAUAGUAGAUAUAUGGAUAGUGAGAUAUUGACCGAAAUUGCUUUCUAUCUGAGCCAGGUCCAUAAGAGCAACUUUCGCCUUGGUGGCAUAUUAUAUCUUCAUCGAAUUACUGAUAACAGGGUAUCUGCAUCAGCCAUGAGAAGCUUCCAGAUAGUCCAAAGUAUUUGCGGUCCCCAAGGAGCAAAGUUUGCUAGAUUAGUUACGACAAUGUGGGAUAAGGCUCCCGAGAGUAGCGACAUCUACAAGUUGGCAAUGAAAAGGGAAGCGGAACUCGAAUCUGUUGAGGGGUACUGGGGCUGGAUGAGCAGUCGUGGUAGUAGGAUCCAGCGAUGCAUGGACACAAGAGCAUCCGGUCUCUCUAUUCUUGCGAGCCUCCUAGCCGUUUCCGACGCUCAAGGCCCAGCUGUCCUCCAACUCCAGGAAGAGAUCGUUGACCAACAAAAGGGUUUUGACGACACUGCUGCUGGGACUGUCCUCAACGGGCAUUACGGGACCAACUGGGAUCGCUUACAAGGCGAACUCAGGGCUUUACAGACGUCAAUUACUGAAUCUUCAACCUUACAAUCGAGUCAACAACUUCAGGAACAGACGCUGGACUUGGAACGGCAAAUGAAAGCAGCUGAAAUGGGUGAAAGGGGUCUGCGUCAGGAGGUGGAAUUUUUAUUCGCUGACAAAACAGAACAGCACCGGGUCUUGCUCGUUCAAACUCAGGAAGAGAUUUCUGAACUUUCAUCAACUAUUGCCAGUCUAAAGUCAGAGCUACAAAUACUCGGAGAAGACUCAAAGUCAAACGCUCCAGCUUCUGAACGUCAAACUCGAGCUCCAAAAAGGCUUCUUCCCAAGAGAAUACAAGCGGAACCACUAAGCAUGCCAGAGAGAGAAUCGGCUAGCUCCCGGCCAACAGGUCCGAGGAAGGGAACUGGCUUGUAUGUUCCAAGCAGGCGGCUACAAAAGUUGAACAAGCCCGAAUACUUACUCGAAGAUAUGAGUGAAAGGGAAAGAAGGGAAUACUUAGAAAAGAAGCUUGCCCACCAGGAAAAGGUCAAGAUCGUAAAGCGAAACACACUGGCUAUUCUGGGCAUGCUAGCUGGCGGAGCAACAAUUGCAGCUGGGGCUGUUACCAUGCAGAUACCUGUUGUCGCGGCAGGAAUUGCUCUCUUUGGCACGUCUGGUAUGAAGCUAGACUUUCAUAAGAAGAAGAAGAAGGUAGUAGACGAUAAGGAGUGGGUUGUUUCCGAACACGAUUAG